UUUAUUAUUAGUUUUUAUAUUUGUUUUCAUUUAUUUAUUCCCCCAAUUCUUGAUCUUAUAAUUCAGAUCAGAGAACAGAAAAUGAGGUGAAAACGGAAAAGCAUCCAUCCUUCACAAAUAAGAUCAAAGCAUUUAUCCAUGGAUUACUCUUCGCACCAGCGUCAGCAAGGGUACGAUCCUUCAGCUCAAGCUCAGCAAUUCUACACUCAAUCUGUGGAGGGUUAUUACCCCUACGCCUACCCAAACCCUCCGUACGUCAGCAAUCAGCCGUACCCGUAUCCCGCCGUGAAUGUACAAUCGUCAGAGUACGUACAACAAGAGCCUACUCCGCCCGGCGUCUCUUUUCAGCAGCCGCCGCCGAUGCAUGAUCCGAAUUCUUAUAACCAAAGCCUCGAUUAUGGAUCGACCGCUUAUGCCGCUGGCGGCUAUACAUUUGGGCCCCAACAUGGGGGAGUGGAUGCCGGUGCUGCCAUGGCUCAGCAACAGGUGGUUCAGCAACUGCCCAUUGACCAUCUUGUAAGCUAUCCUGUUCAUUGUGAAAGCCAUAUUGCGCAGCGUCUAGUGCAGAUGAAAGGUGUGAUGAACUCUAUGAUUGUGGUUAAAUCGUUUACUGAGGAUCAUAUGUACUUUGUGGGAUUGUACGUGAUUGUACCUCCUUACAUUGAUCCUAGCACCAUCAGCGGUUUGUGCCCCCCACCACAAGUCGACCAAACCCAUGCCGGGCCUACACCAAACUUCUCGGCCCGCCCGAUUCGUGGACGGGCCCGUGGACGCGGCCGUGGCCAAACAUUUACUCGAGGUGGGCCCCACAUCAAACCCGCGCCAGCUCAGCACCCGCAAAUGCCUCAACACCUAUGGUGUGAACUCUGCAAAGUCGAAUGCAACAGCGUCGAGAUCCUGAACCGGCACUUGAGCGGGAAAAAGCACUUGAAAAAAUCGAAAAUUUUCCAAGAGUUGCAAAAUCUUAGUAGUAGCGUGAUGGCAGGCGUACCGAAUGUACAAACAUAUGUUCCUCCCGAAGUCCCUUCUCAGACCACCAAUCAAAUGGAGGCAUCUGCAGAUGAGCAGCAGGAGAGUUUGCCUUCUCAACCUAUCAUCAAUCAAGGAAAGGCCGAGGAGGUGAAAAAACCCUUCUGGUGUGAACUCUGCAAGGCUGAUUGCAAUACCCUUGAAGUUCUUCAUAAGCAUCUGAAUGGGAAAAAACACCAGAAGAAUUUAAAAACAUCCAGCAAAAAAACUCAGACUGUUGUACAAACUGGACAGGCAUCUCAAACCGAAUUGCCUUCUCAAGAUAACUAUAUAACCCAAGUCGAAAAACAAAAUCUUCAAGAAUCGGAAACUAUUGGGAAAAACGACUUUUCCGGAAAUGUACGUGGGUUCAAACGCAAGAUGAGGGGUGGGAAAAGCGGUCGGAUCACGAAAAGGAGGCCCGUGGAGCCUCUCAGGCCCACCAAAGAAGUCGUCCCGUUGGUUUGUGAGCUGUGCAACGUAAAGUGUGAGUCUCAAGUGGGCUUCCAGAGCCACCUGGUGGGAAAAAAGCACUUAGCCAACGCUAAGCGGUUUUUGAGUGAAAACGAGACGCUCGGUCAAGAAGUGUUUCAGAUACUGAGGCAUGCAAUCCAAAAUGCCGUGGCCUCCACUUCUGUGGCUCAGCCGAUGAAUUUCCAAGCUUCAUCUUUGUUGGAAAAUAACUUGGAAGGUGCUGAGGGAAUACCAGGUGAGGGACGUGCAGAAGGCGAAACGGAGAUUGUGACUAAAGAUGCUGAUAAUGCGACUACCCGAGGCUUUUUUGUUAUCAAUCUGGAAUUGGAAUUGGAUUCUCUCUCCCAAGGCUGGAAACUGUUGGACCAUGCUCUUCAUAAGUCUUUUCCUACACGCGGUUUGAUUUGUGGUUUGAUUUGCGAUCACCGAGUCUUUGUCAUAGGGGAUGCAAUAUGCGUGGGUGGAAAAUGUGUGUAUGUCUCCUCGGCUCGUAUUCCGUUGUCCUCGUUCAGCCCUAAGUGGGAUUAUGAGCGCUUCCUUGGUCCUCUGGUCACCCCUGUUGGCCAGAUUGAAGAUGGUAGAUUCAAUCUGGCUGUUGUACAGACAGCACAGCAUAAUCGUACCAAGCGCCCUCACAUCAUCUGGUCACCCCUGUUGGCCAGAUUGAAGAUGACAGCACAGCAUAAUCGUACCAAGCGCCCUCACAUCAUACUGGAUUUAUGCGCUUGUACUUAUCAUUCCAACCUCAAGAAUGUGGAGAUUAAACCAAUCAUAACCAGCCCUCUUGUAUUUGGCGCAGCUGAUUUCAAACUUACGCCUUUUGCAUUGUUUCCGCAGCAGCAGCCAUCGCCAUCAGGCCCUGCGAGCUGCGACCUGAUCCCGGAAGUUCUCCGCGGACCAAUUCGACUUUCAACUGAGAGUGAAGGCAUUUAUUGUCACCGAGGGCUGAGGGAAUACCAGGAGAUUAAGAAUUGA